AUGUGUUUUGUGCUUCUAGGGACAUUAUCAAGUGGACUUACAGCAAGUAUUGAUAGUAAACUAGAAAUGAAAAAAUCUAUUGACAAUUGUGAAACUGAAUUCAGUUUUACUUGUUUGAAGUUGGAAUUUGUAAAACUUCUUGAACGAUUAAUCGAACGUAAAGAAAUCGAUAUACUACCUGGGAUUAGUUUAAUCCAGGAUACGAGUGUUACAGUGCAAAAGAAUACAGAACUAAUUGCUGAAAUUGCCCGAAGUUUUCCAAAAGAUCCUGACCAGCGUUUAAAUGCAUUCAUAGUUACAAAAUUCAAAAACUUCCUGCAAUCCCAUUCGUUACGGUUUAAGUUGUUAACAUCAGAUGAUUCAUCAUCGUCAACUGAAGGAUCUGUAACAACUGGAAGAAAGGGUAAAUUUCACAAAAAAGGAGGCAUGGAAGCACUCUUAGCUGCCGGUUUAAUGAUGAAAGGAACAUUAAUGGCUUUGGGAAUGGGCACUCUAGCACUAAUAGCUGGCAAGGCUCUGAUUACAGGACUAAUGGCAUUAACACUCUCAGGUGUUAUUGGAUUAAAGGCUCUAGCAUCGUCAGGAGGCAAGUCAACGACUUAUGAAAUUGUUGCCAAACCUGUCUACACUUCAUCGCAUUCGCACUCUGUGAGUCAUGAUGAGGGUGGACAUGGUGGCCAUCAUAGUGGACACAGUGGCAGUGGCUAUGGAGGAGGUUAUGGAAGAUCGAUUAAUUUGGAUUUGCCACAUCAUUUAAAGGCACCUGAACUGAACUGAAUGAAGUAGGAGAUUUAA